AUGUCUGAACAUCACUUUAAUGUUCUUCGCUCCACCCAGCCUCAACCAGGAUUGUCCUGGACGAUUGAGUUUCUAAACAGAAUAAUGGAAAAGAGUAUAUUGCAACAACAUUCUUUUCCAUGUAACUUAUCCUCCUCUCGUUUUAACUACUCUAGGAAUGCAUCAAAGAACAAUAAGAGUUUAGCUUCCUGCCUUCAAGCAUUGACUCCAAUCGUUAAGAGAGCAAUUCGGAUGGUAUCUUUUGCAACAGACGGAAAUGGAGGGCAAAGUAAGCUGCUUGCUCUAAAAGUAUUUGAAGAUAAUGUUUUGGUUCGUGAAUUUCUAAGGAGAAAUGGAAGAGUUUUGGUUGUUGACGGUGGAGGUAGUUUGAGAUGUGCAAUAUUGGGUGGCAACCCUGGAGUACAAACUCUGAACAAUGGAUGGGUAGGUAAAGUAGUCAAUGGCUGCACAAGGGAUGUGGAUGAAAUCUAUGAUUGUGAUAUCGGAGUGAGAGCUCUGGCUCCACAUCCAGUGAGAGCUAAUAAGAAAAGGAUUGGAGAAAAGCAUGAAUUCGACCAAAAUUCUUGA